CUAGUUUACUACCCUUCUCUGCUCAUAACAUACUGUCAAAACUUGGUGACAGUUUUAACAAAUACGUAAAAAAAAGAAAACCAUAUAUUUAAUAAAAGUUACAUACUGCAGCUUUAAGAGAAAUGAGUCCAUUCUGUCUGUAUGAAAUAUUCCUUAUUAAUGGAUCUAUUGGAAUCGAUGACAUAAUGAACAGCCGGUUCCAUUCCUCCUUCCACAUUGGGAGCGGAGAUCAUCCAUAGAUCAUUUUUCCUCCAUUGUUUUUGCUCUCUGUGGAAUGGCGCUCCAUGCCGCUGCUUCUGCUGCUGUGGCGAUCCUACAAUCUGCAUCCCUUCCCUGCUCUCUCCCCCGCGAACAAACGGGAAUGGUUUCUUCCGAGCCAGCCCGUCACUGUCACCGCGGCGGAGAAGGCAGCCGAAACGCGAGCGCGGAGCGGGGGGUGGAGUGGAGAAGGAAGGCUUCAUCCACUGCCUGCCAUUGCAGUGCGGCGGCUGCUGCUGCUCUGGAGACCCUUUCCUCCUCUGUGAGACCUCCACAAGCACGCCGCGGACACCAUUGCAGUUCCGAAGAGUGCAGCGAUGGAGGAGACAGUCAUUUGGGAACAGCACACAGUUACACUACACAGGGCACCAGGGUUUGGCUUUGGGAUAGCCAUAUCAGGAGGUCGGGAUAACCCUCAUUUUCAGAGCGGCGAGACCUCCAUCGUCAUCUCAGAUGUGCUGAAAGGCGGCCCAGCAGAAGGCCUGCUGCAGGAAAAUGACAGAGUGGUUAUGGUCAAUGCCGUCUCCAUGGACAAUGUGGAGCAUGCGUACGCUGUCCAGCAGCUUCGCAAAAGUGGGAAAAUUGCCAAAAUUACAAUCAGACGAAAAAGAAAGGUGCACGUUCCCAUGGGCCGGCUGGGGGAGAGGGAAACCAUGUCCGAACACGACGAAGAGGAGGACAGCUACGACGAAGAGAUAUACGAGACGCGGAGCGGGCGCAGCGGUGCUUACAGCGGCGUGGGCGGGGCCAUGGGCAGGCGCAGCGGUCGGAGCAGCGGGCGGCGGGACCGCGAGCGCAGCGGCUCACGAGAGAGGAGCCUGUCGCCGCGCUCGGACCGCCGCUCGCACAACCUUCCCCCUCGCCCCGCCAAGGUCACGCUCGUCAAAUCCCGCAAAAAUGAAGCAGAAUAUGGCCUGCGCCUGGCCAGCCACAUCUUUGUCAAGGACAUCUCCCCCGAGAGCCUGGCGGCCAGGGAUGGCAACAUCCAGGAGGGGGACGUUGUACUGAAGAUUAACGGGACAGUGACAGAGAACCUCUCCCUGAUAGACGCUAAGAAACUGAUUGAAAGGUCAAAGGGCAAACUAAAAAUGGUUGUUCAGAGAGACGAGAGGGCGACCCUUCUCAACAUCCCCGACCUGGACGACAGCAUUCCUUCAGCUAACGCCUCCGACAGAGAUGACAUUUCAGACAUCCAUUCUCUGGCAUCCGACCAUUCCAAUCGAUCGCAUGACAGACAUCGUAGCAGCCGCUCCCGCUCACCGGACCGGCGGUCCGAACCCUCAGACCACUCCAGACAUUCGCCUCAACAAAUCAGCAAUGGCAGUCACAGAAGUCGCGAUGAUGAACGGAUGUCGAAGUCUGCCUCAACGCCAGCGAAGCUUGUGGAGGACAUUCCUCUUCCUAAACCGAAGGAUUCGUCCGCCGCAAGAGAGGAGAAGCAGCUCCCUCCCCUCCCAGAGCCAAAGCCUGUGUAUGCUCAGCCUGGACAGCCCGAUGUAGACCUGCCUGUCAGUCCCUCUGAUGCUCCUGUGCCAAGCGCUGCCCAUGAUGACAGCAUUCUACGGCCAAGCAUGAAGCUGGUGAAGUUCAAGAAGGGGGAGAGUGUGGGUCUGCGUCUGGCUGGGGGGAACGACGUGGGCAUCUUCGUGGCCGGAGUGCUGGAGGACAGCCCCGCUGCUAAGGAGGGCCUGGAGGAGGGCGACCAAAUUCUCAGGGUAAAUAAUGUUGAUUUUGCAAACAUAAUCCGAGAGGAGGCGGUGCUAUUCCUUCUGGAUCUUCCUAAGGGAGAAGAGGUCACAAUCCUGGCUCAGAAGAAAAAAGACGUUUAUCGGCGGAUUGUGGAGUCGGAUGUCGGGGAUUCUUUCUACAUUCGGACGCAUUUCGAGUACGAGAAGGAAUCUCCGUAUGGGCUAAGCUUUAACAAGGGCGAGGUUUUCCGAGUGGUGGACACGCUCUACAACGGGAAGCUGGGCUCUUGGUUAGCUAUUCGCAUUGGCAAGAACCAUCAGGAGGUGGAGAGGGGCAUCAUCCCCAAUAAGAACAGAGCGGAGCAGCUCUCCAGCGUUCAGUACACGCUUCCCAAAACGGCAGGAGGCGACCGGGCCGAUUUCUGGAGGUUCAGAGGUCUCCGCAGCUCAAAGAGGAACCUGAGGAAAAGCAGGGAGGACCUUUCCUCCCAGCCGGUCCAAACAAAGUUCCCUGCUUACGAGAGAGUCGUACUGAGAGAAGCUGGUUUCCUCAGACCGGUGGUGAUUUUUGGACCCAUUGCUGACGUGGCUCGAGAAAAGCUGUCCAGAGAGGAGCCGGAUCUCUUUGAACUUGCAAAGAGCGAACCCAGAGAUGCAGGAACAGACCAACGCAGUUCGGGAAUCAUUCGUCUUCACACCAUUAAGCAGAUCAUAGACAGAGACAAACAUGCUGUGCUGGACAUCACCCCAAAUGCUGUGGACAGGCUAAAUUAUGCCCAGUGGUACCCAAUCGUAGUCUUCCUGAAUCCCGAUAACAAACAGGGUGUGAAGAACAUGAGGACGAGACUUUGUCCAGAGUCCAGGAAGAGCGCCAGGAAGCUUUAUGAGCGAGCCAUUAAACUGAGGAAGAAUAAUCACCACCUGUUCACCACAACCAUCAAUUUGAACAACAUGAAUGACGGCUGGUACGGCGCGCUGAAGGAAACCAUCCAGCAGCAGCAGAAUCAGCUGGUGUGGGUGUCGGAGGGCAAGGCGGACGGCACCACAGAGGACGACUUGGAUAUCCACGACGACCGUCUGUCCUACCUGUCGGCGCCAGGUAGCGAAUACUCCAUGUACAGCACAGACAGCCGCCACACUUCUGACUACGAGGACACGGAUACGGAGGGCGGAGCGUACACCGACCAGGAGUUAGACGAGACCUUAAACGAUGAAGUGGGCCUGCCCACCGAGCCUGCCAUCACUCGCUCCUCGGAGCCCGUCAGGGAGGACCCGCCUGUGAUACAGGACACCCCCGGCUACCCUGGAUACCAGCACCCUGUGCAGCCUGACCCCGCCAGCAGAAUAGACCCCGCUGGAUUCAAAAUGGCCGCUCCGCAGCAGCAAGGUGAGGCUGCUCUGCCCCCGCUGCCUGCGCCGGUGGCAGCCUCCCCAGCUGCUGAGCAGCCUGUACAACUAGAGGAGCCGCCUGCUGCAGCCGCAGCUCCUCAGGCGGACUCUCUUAGCAGCCCCAGCCCUGCCCCUGAGCUAAUUCAGCCCCCACCACCACCACCUCCACCACCACAUGAACCCCCUGGUCCAGAACCAAAGAUGUACAAGAAAGAUCUAUACAACAUGGAGGACCCGGUGCGGAUCAACCACGGUCUGAAGCAGUCUCUGAGCUACAGUCACCAGCCGUCGUUUCAGGACAAACAGCCAUACCGCGAAUACGACCACCCGCCUUAUGGAUACGACGGAGGCGGCUACGCAGAACCAAAGCCUCACAACUCUGACUCUCACCUGCACUACGACAACCGUGUGCCUCAUUACAGUGAACAGUGGCCCCCAUACGACCAGCAGACCUCGUCCUCACAGCCCGCCGGGUACCAGCCGGGCCACCAGCAACCAAUGGGAUACAGUCCUCGCUCCCCCUACGAGGACGGGCCGGGGAGGGAGUAUAGCCCGCCUCAGCCACGCUACGACGAGGCCCCGGCGGUGGGCUACGACAGCAGAGCGCGGCACAGUAAACCCGCGCCCAUUCGGUACGACGAGCCCCCUCCCCCACCUCCUGCUAGCUACGAAGCCCGAUCUCCGUAUGAGGCAGAAACCCGCAGCUUUCCCAUCAACUCCCCUCGCUCGCCGGAGCCUCCAAAGCACUACUACGGUGACUCUGGUCUGAGGCCCGUCUACAUGUCUGGGCUUCCAAACCGAGGUUACAAGCCGGGGAUACACGAGCCGAUCAUGAACUCCGAGCCCGCCGCCGUCCCCCCUCCAAAACCAGACGCCCUGCCUUCACCAGGAGAGCCAGCAGUCACUCCGACCUCCAAACCUCUUCCUCCUCCCCCACGGGAAGACCUGGAUGAAGAUCCAGCCAUGAAACCGCAAUCAGUGCUCAACAGAGUCAAGAUGUUUGAGAAUAAACGCUCAGUUUCUAUGGACAGAGCUAAAGAGGGAGAGUCUUCAGUGUUCAGGCCUGCAGAUGCUCCCAAACCUGUGAUCACUCCCGCCCCGGUCCUGAAAGCCAACUCCCUGAGCAACCUGGAGCAGGAGAAGUCCACCUACAGGGCUCCGGAGCCACAAAAGCCUCAUUCGAAGCCUCCGGAUGAUGUGGUCCGCUCCAACCACUACGACCCAGAUGACGACGAGGAGUACUACAGGAAGCAGCUGUCCUACUUCGACCGGCGCAGCUUCGACAGCAAGGCAAUGGGCCAACCCAGUCCGGGUAUCAACCGGUUUCACGACCCGUCCAAACCCGCCCAGCUGUCCUACCCUUACAACAGAGUUGAGUCUGUGGAGAAGGUGAGCCCAGUGGAGAAACGAUACGAAGCUUUGGCCCAGAUCAGUCCCUCCGCUCAGUACGGACCCCCAGCUCCAGCCAUCCCACCCAACACCUUGUCCAAACUCAGCCCUGCUGACGCCAACUCCAUCCCUGAGCCACUGAGCUCCCCGAAUCCUAAACCCGACCUGGCAGCUCUCAGGCCGACUAGCAGGGACGAAUCCACGCCAGGCGGCUACCUGCCACCCAGAGGCCUCCCCGACAAAGUCCCCGUCAACGGCACCGACGCGCCGCCGCCGAAAACCCUGGGCGCUCCGCCUUCGACCAGCUACAACCGCUACGUCCCCAAGCCUUACACCAGCGCGGCCCGGCCCUUCGAGCGCAAGUUCGACAGCCCAAAGUUCAACCACAACCUGCUGCCGAACGACACGCAGGUGAAAACGGACCUCCUCAGCAAGCCGGGGGUGGUGAGCAACGCCUCAGUGAAACCUCAGCUGUCGCCGCAGCCCCUCGACCACGACAGCGGCCUGGACACUUUCACACGCACCAUGGACAACAGGCCCAAAUACCAGCACAAUAACAUCAACGCCAUUCCCAAGGCCGUCCCUGUAAGCCCCAGCGCCUUGGACGACGAUGAUGAGGACGAAGGGCACACUGUGGUCGCCACCGCCCGCGGCAUCUUCAACAGCAACGGAGGGGUCCUGAGCUCCAUCGAGACGGGCGUCAGCAUCAUCAUCCCCCAGGGCGCCAUCCCCGAGAGCGUGGAGCAGGAGAUUUACUUCAAGGUGUGCCGGGACAACAGCAUCCUGCCGCCCCUCGACAAGGAGAAAGGAGAAACGCUGCUAAGUCCGCUGGUGAUGUGUGGCCCUCACGGACUCAAGUUCCUGAAGCCGGUGGAGCUGCGCUUACCUCACUGUGCGUCUAUGACCCCUGAUGGUUGGUCUUUUGCUCUAAAAUCCUCCGACUCCUCGUCGGGUGAUCCUAAAACCUGGCAGAACAAAUCUCUCCCUGGAGAUCCGAACUACCUGGUGGGUGCAAACUGCGUGUCUGUGCUCAUUGACCACUUCUGAAGACGGCGACAGCUGGCCUGUUAACGAAUGUGCUGAACGGUCGGGUAUGAACUCCUUCCUCUCACGUUGUUUACUGUGCCCCAAAACUUUAAAAAGCAGAGAAACGCUCACACAAAGCGAGUUGGAGGAGGCCGGACUUUUGUUCAUUUUCCUCUUUUUUCUUUUUUGUUUUUGUUUUUGGUGCUUUCAAAGCUUGCAAAAAGAAAAAGUUAUCUAAGGAACUGAAGUUGGAAUGCAUGACCAUUGCUACAGGACUGGAUAAUCUCAUUUUGACAUUUUUAGCUCAAAGGUUGCAGAGGUGCGACAAAGAAGAAGAAAAAACAAGAUUUUGUGUGCUGUAAAGACGAGAAAGAGAAAAAUCACACAAACAGCUAAAUUUAUAUGAGCAAAACCUUUGUUUUUGCGAAGGAUCUCCGAGGACUUCACGAAGGAAGACGUAGAAAAAUAAUGAAAGUAUUAAGCGUUAGCAUCAGAUUCCCCGUUUGUUUGGAAACGGAGCGCUCUCUGAUUUAAUCUGCUGUUUUAUUUUUCUUUCUUUUGUUGUUUUUUUUUGUAGGGGGAAAAAAAGAAGAAAAAGUUUUACCGUAGAUAAAUAUACUGACUUGAUUUUCCAGAAACUCCUGCUGUCUAGAGAUCUAUGCAUGUGCUAUGACUCAGGUCCAGAAGCCUGCUAACGACUAAGUUCAACACAUGAAAUCCCAUCGUUACACUGCAAGCAGUGAUGCCUUAUCUGCAUAUUAACUUUUCAGUGAAAACCUUCAAAAACACCGGAUCCUUGAGUUGUAACGAUUAUCCGCGCGGAGGGAAAAACAAAAAAAAACAACGUGUUUCUGCAUUUCUCUUGGAUUUAGCACACAGAAUAAUUGGGGCUGACGAUUUAAAAAAAAAAAAGUAUGCUUUCUUUUACUGCUAUGCAUAUGAAAUCUGAGGAAAUACACAAAGCUAGAAGAUGUUUAAAAGACGUGGCUGUACAUACUGCUAGCAUAUGGCCUUGGUUCUCUGUAAAUGACCUUUUGUACAUCUUUGUUAUUUUGUAUAAAAGAGAAAAUUGUUUGUUUAAAAA